AUGUCCAUGGACUUUGCCCGUGCCGCUCUGGCUGAGCGCCGACCUUCCUUCUUCCUCUCGCUGGCACCCACUACUUCUUCUUCCUACCCACAACCCGACAGACGGCCUUCAGUCACCGAGAGCCAACCCAGACCCCGACGGGCCUCCAUCAGCUCCCCAACCGGCCUCCGAGUCCUGAAGCUCAGCCCCGUCUACUACGGCGAGCACAUUGGCCAGAACAAGGACGACUUCUACGACGUCACCGCCGCUCCAGAGAUGGCUCCCUCAUCCUUCCUCUCACUCGCGCCGGCCACCUCUUCCUCCUAUCCUCAGAUGCCCUCCAGCCGCUCUGCUGAAAUCCCCGAGAGGCGACGCUCCUCGUCCAGCUUGAGCUCCACAACCGGCUUCAGGGUGCUGAAGCUGGGACCCGUCUACUGGGGUGAGCACGAUGGUGACCACAAGGAUGACUUUCACGAUGUUCCCUCUUCUCCUUGA